AUGGAAGGUAAGGCACCCCGGACCUUAACAUCACCUAGCCCAUUUCCUCAUUUCAAUCCUACAGAAGAAGUUGCUGGCCUCGUCAUCGACAAUGGCUCCGGCAUGUGCAAAGCCGGUUUCGCCGGUGACGAUGCUCCGCGAGCUGUUUUCCCAUCAAUCGUCGGCCGCCCGCGCCAUCACGGUAUUAUGAUUGGUAUGGGCCAGAAGGAUUCCUAUGUUGGUGAUGAGGCACAAUCGAAGCGUGGUAUCCUAACUCUGAGGUACCCAAUUGAGCAUGGUGUCGUGACAAACUGGGACGACAUGGAAAAAAUCUGGCAUCAUACAUUUUACAACGAAUUACGUGUCGCACCCGAAGAGCAUCCUGUUCUUUUGACUGAAGCUCCUAUCAACCCCAAAUCCAACCGUGAGAAGAUGACACAAAUCGUCUUUGAAACCUUUAAUGCUCCCGCUUUCUACGUGUCUAUUCAAGCCGUCCUUUCCCUCUAUGCUUCUGGUCGUACCACCGGUAUCGUGCUGGACUCUGGUGACGGUGUGACCCACGUUGUCCCAAUUUAUGAAGGUUUUGCUCUGCCUCACGCCAUUUCUCGUAUCGACAUGGCUGGCCGUGAUCUCACUGAUUAUCUAAUGAAGAUUCUGGCCGAGCGCGGAUACAGCUUCUCGACCACUGCUGAGCGUGAAAUCGUCCGAGAUAUCAAGGAGAAGCUCUGCUAUGUAGCUUUAGAUUUCCAGCAAGAGAUCCAGACUGCUGCUCAGAGCUCUAGCUUGGAGAGAUCUUAUGAGCUUCCUGACGGCCAAGUCAUUACUAUUGGCAACGAGCGAUUCCGUGCUCCCGAAGCCCUUUUCCAACCCAGCGUCUUGGGUCUGGAGAGCGGUGGUAUUCACGCGACUACCUACAACGCUAUAAUGAAGUGUGAUGUUGAUGUCCGAAAGGAUCUUUAUGGUAAUAUUGUUAUGUCUGGUGGCACAACUAUGUAUCCAGGUAUUGCCGACCGUAUGCAGAAGGAAAUUACUGCACUUGCUCCUUCUUCCAUGAAGGUCAAGAUCAUUGCGCCUCCAGAGCGUAAAUACUCCGUCUGGAUUGGUGGCUCUAUCCUGGCCUCUCUCUCCACCUUCCAACAAAUGUGGAUCUCCAAGCAAGAAUACGAUGAAUCCGGCCCUUCGAUUGUCCACCGGAAGUGCUUCUAA